AGGUCUUUUGGCGAUGUUAGGAGUUUAGAUAACGUUUCACUGUUGUUGGGUCCAGUGCCGACGCAAACAUGGGUGUUAAAAUAGAGAUGUUUAGAAUGAUGCUGUAUCUGUCCUUUCCCGUGACCAUGUUCUGGAUCUCAAAUCAAGCAGAGUAUUUUGAAGAGUACAUAGUAAAAAGAAAGAGGGAGAUCUUCCCCCCUGACGAAGGACUGCGCAGGAAAGAGAUGCAGGAAUUCAAAGAGCGAAUGCGUCUUCGUAAGGAGCAGCAACUAUUAAGAGCACUUUCUAUGGACUCUGAGAAUUGAGGAUUAUGUGUUGAAAAAAAUGCAUAUAUUACCAGCACCACUGAUGGACUAUCUGGCAGUGUUUAUUGGGUAAAACGAGAAACUGAUGGGACUGGAUUAAGAGCAUGACACAUCGAAACUCUUUGAGAAGUUAACGCAUCCCUAAUGUGUGGUGGGCGUUCCUAGUAUGCCUUUAAUCUACAUGUGUGAUUUUUUUGAUUUUUUUUUUUCACCAAGGAAUGUUCAGAUGCCCUAUGAGUUGCUGUGAUUGCAUUGUCAUAAAAUAGUUAUUUGAGUUGUAUAUCCAGUUGGAUCUAAUGUAAUUUUCACAAUUUAUUUUGUGAGGAGCAGUUUUUAUUAAAUGUUGAUUUAUUUUUUCAUGUUUAGUGUUUUACAACAUUGUAUCACAUUGGAUGUAAUUGAGCAUUUUUGAUAAUGACAAACAGAAAGAGACAUUAAUACCAAAGCAUAAAGAAAAUCUCCAUAAACUGAUUUGAAUUUAGAGCACAAACGCAAAAUACGAACUACCUGAUUGCAUAAGUAUUUACUAGAGGCACAGAUGGCAGCAACUAUUGCUUUUAGCCUUUGAUUUACAGUCUGGGUAACUUUAAAUUUAUGUUCUGGGUUAUCUUAUUGGGAAAUAAAAUAUCAAGUUUCACUAGUCUGCAGCAGGUUUCCUUCUGUGAGAUUUUUACUUUUGCUGCAUUCAGAAAAAGAACUGUCUGCACCAGUAGUGAUUCAGUUGUGUGAUACUAUGACAUUAAAUUAUUUUAUUUUCUGCUUAUCACUGUUGUAAAAUCCUUAUGACAUCCACUGGGUUUGUAUAAUAACAGUUCAGGGAAUGGAGGAAUUUGACGCUAUAGGCACUGACUAUGUGUAUGGUUCUCAUUAACAAAUCAUUUUAACGCUGUUUUUAAUUAAAGUCAAUGUUGGUUUUGUUUCACCUAUUGUAUCAGAAGCAUUGAUGGCUGUGCUUGGCUAUGAAGAUGUAUCUGAUGUACUGUACAUUCUAUGGCCACAUCUCUAACCUCUGGUUAAAGAUGCUUUUUGACCAGAAGAGAGCUGGUUUGACCACCAGCCAAUAUUUAUUUGUAGGAACAAGGUGUUUAUGAGUAACUUGUGCAGAGGCAUUGAAAUAGAGUGUGACCCAAAUGUACCUCCUGGUUCAACGCAGACAGUAUAGAUGUCUUAAAUAUGUACUUCGAUCACUCAAAAUGCCUCAACUUCUGGAAUAAAGUGAAUUUUCCCUAA